AUUCGUGAUCCGUCAGUGUCACCGUCAGCGUCGAACGUCAAAAAUCUCCAUUGAAUUUGACGUUUUUUGUGUCAAAAAUCAAAUAUCGAAUUCGCGGAGUGAGUGAAAUUCUGUGUUUUACAUGAAAUUGUUGGAAAUAAUUUCAUUUUUACGUUCGUUUGUAUAGUAUGUUAUUUAGUACCAAGUAUAAAAGUGUAUUGUGAAUAAGUGCACAUUUCUAUGAUUCUGGAUCACAAAAGCGACUACCAAUGAACUUCCAAAUACCGCGAUUGCCGAUCAGCGACGACGACCUUCUCAGCUCCCCAUCCUCAGACGAGAAGAUGGACACUGGUUCAGAGUCCUUGCAUUCAACACAAAACACCCCCAACUCCAUACUAUCAGACUCUGAAGAACGGGAAACUGAAGUUCUGAGACUCCAAAACCCAAAUGUACUGAGACUGUCAGAACCUGAGAAAACAGACAACAAUAAAUCAGAAUUAAGUGACAGUUUUCUAUCACAAAUGUCAGCUUUAGCGUUAAAUUCUCCAGAUAACCGAUCCAAAAAUUUUGGCAUCUCACCCCCAAGAUUUAGUUCCACAUUGACAUCAACCACAGACCACCCACUGAUGGGGUUAUCGAGCCCUGAGGGUAAUAUACCAGACGUGAUCCCCAAAAAAAUAUCUAAGAUUGAUGAAGAGAAGGACUUGAGUUUAUCCAGCAUAGAGGACGACAGAGGAACAACAAAUGGAUAUGGUUUUUAUUCACCUCAGCGCAACACUUCAAAGAAUAACUUGUAUUUCACAGAUAAUUUUGUGACAGCAGACAGUCAGAUUUUAAGCCAGUCUUUAAAUGUUCCUCCGGAUGUGGCAAGAGUUAGAAGGAAGAUUGCCGCCUCUCCGUCACUCAAGUGGACAGCAUUAGAUACUCCUAAAGUGUUAAACUCGAAAGGGAAUUUGAACUUAACACCAGAAACAAAUAGAAGUGGAAGUGCCAUAAACAUUGAGGAUAAGAAGAUGAUUUCUAGUCAAAAGUUAUAUUUAGAUGUUUCAGAGCAAGAAGAAUUUCAUUCUGCAGUAGAGUGGUGUGAAUCUCCAGCGCACGUCCGCACUGCCCCUAACUUCCAACUGCCGAUAGAAAUGUCCAGCAACAUUGGUACCAGUAAUGAGCUGGGGUCUCCGGACGUGGUGUCGUCGUCGACGCAGGAGGACAAGUCCCUGUACCAGGCGCUGCUGGACCCCUACACCGGCUCCGUGGCGCUGCGCCACACCGCGCACCGCACCACGCCGCCCAGGAGAAAAGUGCUGCUCCCUCCGGAUGAUGACGACGAUUGCUGUAGCUUGGAGAGCUUGAGCGGCUGCUCCAUGGAGUCCGAGGACGAGCCGCCUCCGUUGCUCUCCGUGCCUGAGCCGCACAGCGAAGACGACAAUACCAAACACUCGAAAUCUACUAACACAAUGAGUGAGUGCAGUGAUCCCAUCCCCGAGUACUCCGCAGCGGAUGAGUUCAGGGACGAGCGCUCGUGGUUGACGGUGGCGAUGCAAAAUGGCGGCGGUCGCGUCACCUGCGAUAUGAAGGUGAUCGAGCCGUUCAAGCGCGUGGUGUCGCACGGCGGGUACUCGGCGGACGGCGCGGCGCUCAUCGUGUUCAGCGCCUGCCACCUGCCCGACAACGCGCGCCCCGACUACAAAUACGUCAUGGACAACUUGUUCCUGUACGUGAUGUGGAGCCUGGAGCGGCUGGUGACGGACGAGUACGUGCUGGUGUACCUGCACGGCAGCGCGGGCCGGCGCCGCCUGCCCUCCUUCGCCUGGCUGCACGAGUGCUACAAGCUCGUCGACAGGAGAUUAAGGAAAAGUCUAAAACACUUGUACCUGGUGCACCCCACCUUCUGGUUGAAGUCGUUCGUCCUCAUCACCAAGCCAUUCGUUAGCUCUAAAUUUUUCCGAAAGCUGACAUACGUCAAGAGUCUAAAGGAGCUGCUCGAGAGGGUGCCGGUGGAGCCCAACGCCAUCCCCGACAUCGUCAAACAGUUCGACGCGCACCGGUAGACUUCAGUUUCAUGUAGUUUGACAUUCAUCGAUAGACUGCGGCGCUAAAACCCGGUAACUGACAUCACAUAUUAUACUGAGAGAUAAAGCCACCUUUUUCUAUAACUGUUUUUCGUGUUUUUUAAAAAUCUGCAUAUCUAUGUCUGCAUAUGUCGCUAAAGAUGUCAAUAAUCAUAUUCCGGAAUUCAUAAACGGAUUCGACAUUAUUCAAAUGUGUUUGGGUUACUAUUAGUACACAUUUUUCGCUCAAUUGAAAGAAAAAAAAUUAAAAAAUCCCAUGAUGGACAUUGAAUAUUUUUUUGGUAUAAAUUUAAAUAAGACAAUGCAAUAUUUGAUACUAAAGUCUAGUCAAUAUUUUCUAUGGAUGCUCUAAUGAUAUUUUUUAUAAAUUAACAGUGUAAAUCCGGAAUUCGUCCCUAUUUCUCUGUCUAACACGAUCCUGUAGAAAGAGAGAUGAAUUAUUUAAAACUCACACAGUUGACUUAGCGCAAAAUAACAUAAAUAUCUAAUCGUAGCUACUGCAAACUUUACGUUAAAAUGUCAGUUACCAAGUCUUUCGACUAAGCAGACGAUACAAGUACCUAAAGUAUAUUUAAUAAACAUAAUAAUAGUGUAAUAUCUCACCAAUAGAUGGCAUUCGUUCAAAAUAAGCUACAGAGUACCACACGCACACAAUAUUAAUAGUACAUUUUGGAAAAUUUUGUUUUUUGUAUUUUUCACCUGUAAAUGGCUUGUCUUUACUCUAUAUGAAUAAUAAUUUUGUAAUAUGUGAAUAAACAUUUACCAAAAUAUAUCAAAACAAAAAAGAAAAGAUAAAGUUAGUGAAAUAGCAGCUUAUAAAAUGAUUACGAGGCAUUUUGAAAAGUCAGGAUGCGUCGAAUCCUCUGUAUUUCAGACAAUGUAAACAUUAUUUGAUUCCUUCCCAAGAAUCAUGUACUAAAAUAAAAAUAGUAGAUAAAGCCAUAACAAAUUAAUGUGAUAUGAUUUGGUUAAUGUUUUUUAAUAAUAAAAAUGCAAUAAUAACUAUUUUGUAAGGAAGUCACUGUUUAAAUUAUAUGCUACUAAUUGUUGGUUUACGUGCAGUAAAUCUAAUUCUUAACACUCACUGUAUAGUAAGAUCUUGUCACUGAAUACUCGCACACUAUUCAUUAGUAUCAGCUUACAUUUAUAUCUUUAAUUCUUCGCCAAUUUAAUAAUAGGAUUUCUCGCAAAUCUCACUCUAGUUUGAUUAUGACAAGUUCCUGUUAUGCACUCUAUAUAAACUAGAUUUUGUAUCAUAACUAAAGAACUUACGUCAUAUAUAAAAAAAACAUUUUAUAAUCAUGUGACGUCAUGCGUCACUAAGAGUGUAUUAAAAUAACUAACUAAUAAGUUAUUUUAAUACACUCUCAAUGAAGUAUGACGUCACAUGAUUAUAAAAAUGUAUUUUUGACGUGACGUCAUUCUUCAUUAGGAGUGUAUUAAAAUAACUAGUUUUAAGAGUUAUUUUAAUACACUCUUAAUGAAGGAUGACGUCACAUGAUUAUAAAAAAUGUUUUUUUUUUUAAUUUUCAUUAAAAUAGCACACUCGCGGUUAACUUUUUAAACUACGAGAAUUUCUAGUUAUUCACUUCUAUAUCUAGAUUUUAUAUUUAUAUCUUUGAAGACUGGAUGUUUUCUCUCUAAAACUCUUUAAACUAGAAUUAUUAAACUUAAAUAUACAAUGACAUUCUUUAGUCUUUAUAAUAACUAAUUUUUGUAUCUAGUUCUGGCCAUUCACUCGUAUAACUUAAUUGUUUCACUUGAAAGACUGGUUUCCUUCAUACACUCAUAAUACAAUAGUUUUUGUUUGUCACAUAUGAAGGUUAUAUUUUAAAUUGUAAAACAAUUAGUAGCAUGUAGAUCUAAAAUACGGCUUGAGUGAUUAGGGUUAAAAAACUAUGUGAGUUUUUAUAUAGCUUUUAUAAGUUUUUUGCACAUUUUUGAAAAAAAAAAAACGAAAUAGUGAUUUAAUAGUAGUAUUAAAAGGAAUAUGAAAAAAAUGUAUAAUUAAAUAUAUAUAGUUAAAUAAAAUUUAGGAAAUCAUACAUUCCCAGGGGCAUUUAAAAAUGAUUUGACAAUAUUUUUUUAGAUUAUAUAUUAAAAUCCCUAGAAUCUCUAUUUUUUCAACCAAAAAUCUCUUCUAGUGAAAUCUCUAUUUUUAUUGUUAAUUAAUUUUCCAAUUUCUCAAUUGGUAAUAUUAACUGUAUAACAAUAUUCUCAACGUGUUGCCAUAUCAAAAUAAUUAAAAAAAUAUUAUGUAUAAGUAUUAAUAGUUUAUUUUAACUUUAUAACAAACCUUUAUUUUUUGCUUAUGGGGGUUUUGUAGAGGAAAUAGUAUUAUUUGAUUAUUAUUUGAAACUCCCCUCUGUAAAGCCAAACUCGAUGCGAAAUGUUUAUCAACAAACAAAUUAAAAUUAAGGUAGAAAACACAUUUAUGUAUGGUUUUUUUUAUAAAAUGUUAUUAAAAACAUAUUAACUAUAUUUAAUUGUUCUAUGUUGUUAAUCCAUUAAUUUAAGAACGACUGUGACUAGUGAUUUGUGACCUUAUUUUUGAUUAAUUUCUUGAUAAUAAUUUCACACCGAGGUUGGCUUUAGUAUACACCUUAAUGCAUAUUGAGACGGUCCUAGAUCUCGAAAGAAGACUAAAAAAAUUAAUUCCUAAGGUCCGGACGCUCAGAGAUUUCUGAGAUUGCUGAACUGCGCUGUUUCAAGGUUAUGUCAACUGUUUGUCUUGGUAGUGAUGAGACAAAAUUACGAGGCAAUUGUAAUUGAAUAUGUUUGUUCAAUCACGACCUUUCAGAAAUGCAAUCACUGAGCGGCCGGACUCUAGGAUCAUCAUUACGAUGGUUAUUAAAAUGAAACUUCUAUUUUCCUGUACCUAUCAUUCAUUAUUGUUAUUCCACCUAGAUAGAUAUACAUUUAUUUACUAAUCAUAUUUUCAAUUACCCUAUCCACUACCAAUAAUUUUGUUUUUCAAUAAGUAUCUAGAUUUAAGUGGAUAAUAAUAAGUGUAAUUUUGCCAUAAUUAUGAUAUUUUUGUCUUUAAUUUAAGGAAUUUUGGUGCUCUUUGAUUUUUUCAAAAUUAAAUGGGAUCACACAAAUUAUAAAUAAAUGGCGUUUCCACGUGGCGAUGUUUACACUCUUUUCAGACUUUUUUUUCAAUUGUUAAGUGACGACGCAGUCUGAGAUGGAAGCGAGCUUACUUGGAAUAGGUACGAGUUUAUUUUACCCGUACCUCUGACGUCAUGUAAAACUAGCUUCGCAUAUGAAAAUGAGGAAAUAAAAAAGUGUGUGUCAGCUCCCACGCACGAAUGGUGUUUACUCUUUCAGAUCGACUGUCUAAAUACUGUAUGUUGCCCCGCAGCAUGAACGCCUGAAAAGUGAAAGGUGCGCAGAAUAGGUUGCGCACAAAAAACGUAACGCUGUCAUUCGUUCAUCGAAUUUUACUGCCCAUAUUUUGUUCAUACUGGAGGCUAUAUAUGAAAAAUCGAUACUUAAGUUGUAAACUCCAAAAACAAUACAUUCACACAGAAUCGCUUCAUUUUGGAAAUCGGUUAUAAUAAUCAAAUUGAAAACGUGCGUCUCAAAAAUUCGUGUAAAUAUUGUAGUAUGUGGAGACGCCAAUGAUAUUUUCGUGUAUUAUUUCUACAAACAAAGAGAGAAGUAGAAUAAAAGAUAUAUAAUAUUUAAGAUGAUAUUUUGAAGUGUUCAUAUCUUUUUUUUUGUUUUUUGUAAUUUUUUUAUAUACAGAGUGCUAAGAAACUCAAUAUUUUUUUUAAUAUGGGAAUAUAAUAUGUUUAUGGAAGCUUUAACUUUAUCAAUUGCCAUCUUGAAUUUGUGAUGACGUCACAACAGCUCUUGACCCGCUCUCUUGCACAAGUCAAUUUUACUUCAUUUUACAUUUUUCUUAAUUAUAUAAAUUAUUUUUAAAAACAUAUAAUAAAUAAACAUAAAGAGUAAUAACAUUAUUCAAUUAUUAAACAAAAUUGUUCAAAUAAAAAAAAAUGUUGGAUUUGUGAAUUUUUUUACUAUACAUACUUUACAGGCACAAAAAAAUAAAUAAUAAGACUUUUCUUAACACUCUGUAUAACAUUAAAUAUUUAAAAAAAUAAAACGAAUAUAACAAAUGUCAGAUGUGUGUGCGUAGUCGUGAUUGAAAUGAGUAUUAAAGCAGUUUUGUUAUAUAAAAA